AAGAAGAAGAAGAAGAAGAAGAAGAAGAAGAAGAAGAAGAAGAAGAAGAAGAAGAAGAAGGAAGAAGAAGAAAAAGAAGCGGAAGAAUAUAACAAGGCCGAGGAGGAAGCGCGAUCGAUUGUGCGCUGUAUUGCGCUAAAAGCUGUACUGGCUGCUAUAGAAAUUUGGCAAACUAUAACGAAUAUGAAGAUGUUGUUAAACGUUCGAAGAGAUCCAAAACUGGAUAAGAUUUCUGUAAGAAGUAUUUCUAUCUAG